AUGAGUGGAUACCCAUACCCAAACACCUCCUACCCGUACCCAGCAGGCAGUGUUCCACCACCGGAAAAGUCUGCUCCACAACCUUAUCCAUACCCAUACCCACAGCAGAACUAUCCACAGCCUCCACCACAGCCUAACGUGACUUACGUCAUCAACACUGCGCCGACCCAGCCGCCUCCACCGCCGCAGAAUACAACAAUUGUAUAUGAGACAAGGCCACCUGUAUUCAGGCCUGCUGGUCUUGGCCUAGGGCUCGGAAUCGGAGCUGGACUUGCCUUAGCCAGCCUUGGAAGGCCUCAUCCACAUCCACACCAUGGAUUCCACCACGAUCAUCAUCAUCAUCACGGACCCCCUCAUCAUCAUCACCAUCACUAG